AUGGCUGCACCCAGCAACUCUGCCACACAGGACCCCUCUCUGUGCCACCAGGAUCCUCAGCCUGAAGAGUAUGACAUGGCCUGCGAAGCCUCCCGCCAGCUCUUCAGGCAGUUCCAGUAUGAUGAAGCAGAAGGGCCUCAAAAAGCCUUCUGCAAACUCUGGGAACUUUGUUCCCAGUGGCUGAAGCCACAGACUCGGUCUGUGGAGCAGAUCCUGGCGCUGCUAGUGUUGGAGCAGUUCCUGCACAUUCUGCCCACAAACGCAGAGACGGAGCCGUUCAGCCCGGAGAUCAGACAAAGACUUUUCACCCUGAUAGAAGGCCUGAAGAAAGAGGACAGAAAGCCAGGAAACAAGGUGAAGAAUCUUGGGAUCAACAUGCGUGACAUGCUCUUGGAAGAACUGAUGUCGAUGGGUAUAUUUCUCACACAAUCAAACGCAUCCGUGAGUCUACCUGCAUUCCAGCAAACGGAACCUGUCCAGGAAAUCCCUGAGAUCCCACCAGAAGAGCCAUGGGGGAGAAUUUUUGAUGGUUAUGGCCAAAGCCAGCCCUUUCUGAAUAUUGAAUUCCAUUUAACCAGAGAAUAUGAACAACUGGAACCUCCUGGCAAUGAGCCCCCAGAACAGCUUCUGGCUGACUACGUGGAGCCCGAGGAAAGCCAGAUAUACUACCAACAGGAGAUGCCAGGGAGCUUUCUGGAUGCACAGCCCUCCAGCUCUGGAGCCCCCCCACAGGCUCGUCCCCACAAGAAGCCUAACUCUGGUGCUCAGUUAGGGCUGUGCUUUGCUCACUGGAAGCAAUAUAAUAUUUACCUGAAACUCCACAGAAAGAAGGUAGUAGCACCAGGGGGCCUUAGAGGUGGGACAGGGUCAGGCAUCUCUGGGCAGCAGCUUGUUAGCCAGGAGGAGGAUACCCGUGAGCAUGCUAUGGGCAAUAGUCCAUCCCCUAGUGUGUCACAGGCAGAAUAUUUGGAUGAUGAAAGACAGCAGUGUAGACUAUGUAAGAAGGAGUUUAUGCUUCAGUUGGGCCUGAGAGAAAAUGUGAAAACUCAUGCAGUUUCAAAACCUUACCAGUGCUCCUUCUGUGGGAAAUUCUUUAGGGGGCAGUCACAUGUCACUGCACACAUAGUGAAACACACCAACGAGAGACCAUUCAUAUGUGAACACUGCCAGAAAAGCUACAAACACAAAUCUAGCCUGUUGAGACACUUAAAACUCCAUGCAAGGGAUCUUGAAAACAAGGGAAGCCAGGCUCCUCAGAGCCUUAUGCACAAUGAAAGCCAGCCUGCAGACUUCCCAGCAGAAUCCCCCCAGGACUGUGUUGAUGGAAACAAGUCCUAA